AUGAAUGGUGAUCAUGGGGUUUAUCUAGUACCCCACUCUGUUUCUGAAGAGGAGGUGUAUGAUGUGGAGGAUAAUGGAUGGCUUUCAAGUGAUGAUGAUAAAGUUGAAUAUACAAUUGAAUAUUUUGGAAAUGGAGUGGAUGGAGAACCAGAAGGUGAAUGUUUGAUUGUUUCACCAAUGACCUUUCAGAUAGAGGAUAAUUAUGAUGAUGAUUACUAUUCUGAUCCUGAAUUUUCAGAAACAAAACAAAAUAAUCCAAUAGAUCAACAAGAUGCAGAUGAGGCAAUGCUGGAAUUGAGAGUUUCAUGUGAAGAUGUUAAAGAUGAUAAUCAACAAAAACUAGGCAAUGAUGAGGAAAAUGAUAGGGAAGAAAGUCAUCAUCAUGAAAUAACGCCAAUGCAAACCUUGAUUGAAAACUGUAAUUCAACUCACGAUCAAUUACAAACUCUCAAAGAAAAGCAUGAAAAAUCACUAAGACUUAUGGAAGAAUCAAUAGAAACUAGAAUAACAGAAGCUACUCAAUCAAUUCAGGAAGGAGUUCAAGAAGCCUUUUCAGAACUUCAAGAAAUUAUUACUUCACAACAAAUAGAAAUAGAUAUGGAAAUUUCACUAAGAGAAUCGGCAGAAACUGAGAAUGAAACUCUGAAAGGUCAGAUUGUGGUUAUGAAAAGGCAGAUUGAAGAGGAUGCGCUGUCAUUUUCUGAUUUACUUGAAGAAAAUGAAAAACUAAAGCACGAAGUGAAAAUAUUUCGAGAACGAAAUGUAGCUCUUAAACAUCAAGAAAUAGAAAGGCAGAAAGAAAUUCAGCGGUUGAAGGGUGACAUUACCAUUCAACAAUUGGAAUAUAGAGACAUGAUUGAGGAAAACAAACGAGGAAAAAAGAAUGAAGAAGUUUUCAAGUUGGAAAAGCAAAAACUUGCAACACAAAAGAAGGUUUUAUCUAGAGAAUUAGAUAUUCACUUUUAUAGAAAUUCAAUAAGUGGAAAUUCAUUUGACAAGACGUCUGUUGAAUCAAUGAAAGAAACACCAGUAAAUUUCAGAGAGAAGGAGUUAGAGAAGGAAGUUCAAAUUCUUAGGAAAAGAAUGGAGGCAUUACAGCCAAAUUUGGAUACUUUGAAAGAUUUAUAUUUUGAACAAAUUUCAAACAUGAAAGAAUUGGUUGACUGUUCCAAAAAACUAGUGCACAAGCUGGAAGAUGAAACAACAACCAAGAUUGAACUCAGAAAAUCCAUGAAGAGAGAUUUUGAAAAAGAACAUUUGAGAAUGGAAUAUCAAAGAUUAACCAAAUAUGAUAGUGAGGAGGAAGAGUUUGAUUCAUUUUACAAUGAACAAGAGAAACAAUAUAAUCGACUAUUAAGGGAGAAGGAUAAACAAUUAGAAAUUUUCAGAGUUGCCUACGAUGGCAUUGUAUAUAAAACAGAGGAGAGAAGACAAGUAUUAGAAACUGAAUUUGAUAGCUUCCUUCAGAUAGUGAAAGAUUUACAACAACCCAAAACAAUUGACGAAGAUGAAAUUAUUGAAAAUUUAUUAAGGAGAAGUUCGUCACCAAGCUCACCAACAUCUGCUAAACCAACAUCACCUAGAAAUAGUAUAUUAUCUACUGGUCAACCUAAAAGUUUCAUGAUUAGUAGAUUCCAGAAAGAUGCAGUGAAACAAGUGCAAGGAAGACAACGAUCUCAAUCGUACUCUGAUUUUGGAAGUAGAAAUUCUGACCUAUAA